AAACAAAAACAGCUGCGAAAAAAAUGUAAACAAAAAAAAAUUUGGGAAUUUUUAGAAAAUUUAAAAAAAAUUAUAUUAUAGCCAGAAAAAUGUUGAAUAAAGAUUUAAAAAUAAGUUUAUGUCGCACCUGUUUACAGUAUUUUAACGAAGGAAAGACUUUCGAUAUUUUCCAAACCUUGGAUUUAGCUCAAAAGUUGAUGCAAUGUUCCGGUCUAACAAUGGUGGCCUCCGAUGAAUAUCCUCAUUAUGUGUGCGAACGGUGUUAUGAACAAAUUUUAUUAUUUUAUGAAUUUCAACAAAUGUGCCGCAAUUCCUUGGAUAAAUUUAAUGAUUUAUUAAAAACUAAGCAGGAGCUGGAUGAAGAAGCAAGUCAAUUGGAAUUGGAGGAAGUUGUGGUUGCAGCAAAAGAUCCCUUAAAUGUUGAUCGGAAGCCGUUAAAUCUUAUAGAGACGAAUUUUAAAGAGAUUUCACAAGAAAUUGAAAUUCAAGAAGAAGAAUAUUUGGAAAAGAAAAAAAGAGGUAGGCCUCCUAAAAAGAAAAUUGUUAUUGAUAAUCCGCAAGGAAAUGUGGAGAGCAAAAGUCAAAGCAGCAGUUUAAUACAGCAAGAAAAUAUUAGUAUUACUUUAAAAAAUGAAACUGUUAAGGAAUAUAAAGAAGAGUUUUUAUUUAAUGAAGAAUAUAAGGUUAAUUUGGACACUACAGGAGCGAAAGCAAAUGUUGUAACAGAAGAACAAGUAACAGCAAAUAAAGAACAUACUAAUGUUCAGGAAAAAUUAGAGGAAAAGACUCUUUCCGAUACCGAAAGCUGUUCUUCAACACAAGAAAGCUUUACUCCUGAAAAGCCUAAACAUCAAUGUGAUCGCUGUAAUGAAAGCUUUAAUGCGCUACACCGUCUUGAAGCCCACAAACGAGAACAUGAUGGCUUACCUCCUUACUCUUGCUACUACGAAGGCUGCAAACGUUCCUUUAAUCGCUGGCAUAACUAUAACAGACAUCAAAAGGAACAUAAGCUUGCAGUAGACCAAACCUACAAAUGUGAUGUGGAUAAUUGUGAAAGAGUUUAUAAGAAUAAAUCUGCCCUAAAUGUCCACAAACGUAAAUAUCACAAUUUGGGUCCCGAACUUAAGACCCAUAUGUGUGAAGUUUGCGGUAAAGUAUUCAAAUCAUCGGCCGUUUUAAAUGAUCACCACUAUACCCAUAUUGAUAGGACACAACUGCCUUAUGCCUGUGAAGAGCCGAACUGUAGUAAACGUUUUUCCAAUAAAGAAAAACUAAAGGUGCAUAAAAUGCGUCAUGCCGGUAUUAAGAACUUUAGCUGUCCCUAUUGUGGUAUGCUUAAGACAACACGCAAUGAACUGAAAAUACACAUUAACUAUCACACCCUGGAAAGAACUUGGCCUUGUCGUUUUUGCCCCAAAGUCUGUAAUAGUGCGGGCAAUUUGAAAAUGCACGUGAGGAAUAUGCACGAAAGAGCUAAAGAUUUUGCUUGUCGUUUUUGUGACAGGACUUUUGCCAAAGCAGAUACUAAGAAGUACCAUGAAAUGACUCAUACGGGAGAAAAGCCACAUCAGUGCAAGGAAUGUGGUAAAAGAUUUGUUCAGCCGGCGGCCUUAAGGACCCAUCGCAAGAUACAUUUGAGACAGAAGGCGAAUUUGGAGGUUAAAGAGAAGUGUGGCCAGAAGAUUGAAGGGCGGGAGGGGCAAAAUCCAUCACAGGAAGUGGUGGAGGAGACUUUUAUAACUGAUGCUAUAGUGGCAGAGAUUUUAAGUGACCACCAGUGACCAAUAUUCUUAUUUAAAGCUAAUAAAUAGUUUUUUUGAAGAAUUUCUUGAAAAUGUUUCUUUUUGUAACAAAAGGAUAUAAAUUAGUUUAAUAUCUUAUUU